AUGGGUAAUAAGAACAAUCGCGGUCAGGCCAAGUUUGUACCAAUGUCUGUGAAGAUCACACAGGAGCAGAACAAACAGAAGGACGAACUUACUGCGGAGAUGUCAGCUGCGGACAAGGAGUGGUAUGAGCAGAGAGCUGCGUGGAACAAGAUGCAGUCAGAGAAGAGAGCUGCAUGGAACAAGCUUCAGUUGGAGAAGAAGGCUGCUGAAGAAAAGAAGUUAGCCGACAAGAAGAUCACUGAGGAAAACGCCAAGAAAGUGGCUGCAACUAUCCAGUAUGAGUGCAUCCAAAAGCACUACGCAAUCGUUCUUAGAGAGAACGGUGAUGAGAAGAAGCUUUUCAUCGAUCUUAACUUCAUCGCUGAUCCGCCAACCGAUAUGAUGGCAUUGAUGAAGGUCCUUCCAGAGUACGCUUCAUCCAUCACCAAGGUUCAGAUUAAGAUGAUCCAACCCAUGCAGCACGGAUCCCGGGCAGUUUAUCAGCAACGUGUCAAUAACAUGAAUAAGUUCGUUGAACAACUCAAUUCUUUUGCACUCACCGAGCAAUUGAAGCUGGCUGCGGCUUUCAACGGCCUUAAGUUUGAGGAUUGGAGCAUGGAGUACCAAAUCAUGACCAGUUCUGAACACUAUCGAAUUGAGCGAUAUAGCUCUUACGGAAAGCGACUCCGCGGUGUAUACCGCACUGAUUUUGUUACUCAGUAA